AUGUUGUAUAUUGAAUGCGGAGCGUUUCUCAGAAGCUUACGCUUCAAAGGAACUUCAAAGUUAUCUGCAACUGAGUCGUCUAACUCGAGAAGCAGAAGUCUUGAACAAAGUCGAUGUGAGAAAUUGUCAGCAUUUCUGGAGCGUGCUUGUUUGAGAAACUUUUACAGCAUUUUGAAGAAAAAGCUGAAAAUAAAUGAUCCUAUAGAUUUUGCCCGGUUUAAACCCACCGAUCUAACAUAUCUUGGGAUGACAGGAAAUGAAAUCAACCGACUUGUGAACCAGUUAAUGGAAGAUGGCUUCCCAGUGGGUAGCCUACUUUCCGAUGAAAAUGCAGAUUGUGGCCAUUUGUUUACGGACUCGGAACCAUAUCCUGUCACUGGUUUUCACCGAUCAAAACUACUGCGUAAAAUAUUCCGAAAAAAACAAUCCUUCUAUACUAGUGCUCCGGUUUCCCCAGCACAUAGACCUGAAUACCGGUCAAUAAAUCAAUUUCCUAUCCAUCGUCCCCAAAUACAUGUGCCUUUUCGUUCAACAAGUUUAACUGAUGAUCGGAAAUCUAGUUUGGUUCAGAAUAACUGUGAAAGUGCUACUGUUAAUCCAGCUACAUGUACAUGUCUUAUUCCUGAAAAGGAUAUCAAACUUUACUCAAGAAUUGGAAUAGGUUCGUUUGGUAUAGUACGUCGUGGUGACUGGACUAUGCCAACCGGUGAAACAAUUCCUGUGGCUGUGAAAUUAUUACGACCUGAAGCAAUGAAAAAUGAUUUAUGUGCAGGAUUCUUAUAUGAAGUGCGUGCAAUGCAGUGUCUUUCACAUCCUAGUUUAAUUCGUCUUCAUGGAAUUGUAUUAUCCAAUCCAGUUAUGAUGGUUACUGAACUUGCGCCUUUGGGUAGUUUAUUAUUACAUUUGAGAGCUCAAUCAAUGUGUGCACGAAAUAAUGGAUGUGAAGCGAAUUUAGUAUCAAACCUACCCUCUGUACCUCGUGCCCUUCAAACUGAUGCAUUAUGGGACAUGGGUAUACAGAUUGUCUGUGGUAUGGCCUAUCUUACAGCUCAAGGUCUUGUUCACCGAGAUUUAGCUGCUCGAAAUAUCUUAAUUUCAUCAAUUCAAAAGAAUGAGUAUCCUCAAAUUAAAAUAGCUGAUUUCGGCCUAGUUCGAUCAGUUCACUCAAGUACGGUGGAUAAAAGCUCCAAUGAAUCCAGUAAAUCAAAUCAUCUAAUUUAUACUAGUUGCUCAGAACAAAAGAUUCCAUUUGCAUGGUCUGCUCCAGAAUCUUUGCGCAAACGAGUUUUUUCUGAAGCAAGUGAUGUUUGGAGUUUAGGUGUUACAUUCUGGGAAAUGUGGACUGGUGGCGCAGAUCCAUGGCGAGGUAUUAACGCUGAACGACUGUUAGAAAUUUUGGAUUCUGGACGUCGACUCGUAUGGCCACGAUUCACCUGUCCACGUCGUUUGUAUCAAUUAAUGUUAGCUUGUUGGCGAAAUGAAUCACAUCGGAGGCCAACAUUUUCGUAUCUCGCUGAAAGACUGGAUAGGAUACGCCCGAUUAUUGUUAUAGCAACGCAAAAUCUUGAUGAGGCUGAUCGUUUAGGCUUAGAAGCUGGUGAUACUCUUAUCGUUAUUGAUGGGAAAUCUCAGGACUUUUGGUGGUGUGGUCAAAAUAGACGAACUGGUGAAAUAGGCUCAUUUCCCCGAGGUAUUGUAAAACGUGGUAACGUUGAUACACUUACUAGUGAUUAUAUAAGCCAGCCAGUCCGUGAUUCCUUUCUACAUACUGAACAUAUUCGUAAGAAUGGAACAGGAUGGAGUUCAUUGCAGCAUGAUGCAUCCAAUGAAAGUCAUUCUGUCCACAAUGUAUACGGCCCAAGUUUAUCUUUACCUAACCGCGAAAAACGUGCUGUUGAAAAAUGCAAUGCAUCGAAAAGUGAGAAAUCGGGCAACUGCAUGGAAUUCAACCUUUUACCAUUUGACGAUUGGUCACCGAUGCAAAAGUUUUCAUUCAUUGAGGCAGAAAAUGUGUCUAUAUGCUGUACUACGGAUUCAUACUCAUCUUAUGGAUAUAUGCUUACUAAUGCAUCAACUUUAAAUGCUCCAAAUCUAGAAGUAUAUGAUGAAAGUAGUGAUGAAGAGGAUGAGCGGAAACUGCUCGAUAAAAUACCUGGUUCAACUGUAGGCUUAAAGGCUUAUAAUGUGGAGUUAAGAAAAUAUCCUAAUUCUAAAUUGAUAAGUAGUCAUAGGAAUUCAGUUGCUAACUGUGAAGGAAAUUUCAACGAUUCAGAAGUUUAUACCUAUGGUUCGUUAACUAUGCUGCCUCCACCUCCUGGACCAGAAGAAAAUGAAACCAUUAUAUCUGAAGAUGAUAGAAAUGAACAGUUUGCGGACCUUAUUCAGCUCACAAAAUCCAAAACUACACCUAAACACAUAUCUAGUAACAAGGAAAGUCAUAUAAAGUUCGAGUCAAACUCUAGAAAUAAUCGUAAAGUUGAGAACUGUAUUACACCAUCGACUUCCGAAACAACCAUCCAUUCCAAACAGUCUUUUUCACUGGACAACUUACUUGAUGGGAUAAAUUCUAUUGAUGAUAAUGACAACAAGUGCCAACCAUCAGCUCCACCUUUAAUCGAUUUGUACAGUCGUAUACCUGAUCCACCCAUUUUUACUCCUAAACAUCGUAUUACAGUACCAACUGCCCCAAUUUAUACACCAUCGGUGCUUAAACCUGGAAAUACUUACUGUUCCGUUAUUUCCCCUCGUACAGUAGCACCUAUAUAUUUACCCAAUCCAUUUUUAUUUACAAAUUGUAACGUUUCAGCACAGUUUACUUGUUAUCCACGUGGACAGUACUUCUUGAAUCCUUUCUAUCCUCACCAUCAAGAACGUAUGCAAAAGUCAUAUUGUGCAUCUGAUCAAUUCAUUUCUCCAACCAGCUACAAUAUGAAUCAUUCAGUAAUGCAGAUGAGUUCUUUUGCUGAUAAUGAUAAUCCAUUUGAUUUAAAUAACUUGAAGUCUAACUAUCUUUCAUCUUCCACAGAUGAAAUCAGUACAUUGAAUAAGCAUAAUAAUAAGUGCUCAGUGGAUAUUUUUGAUUUUGCGUUCAAUGGAAACGAUAAUAGCAAUAAUAAAAAUACCUUGCCUUCAACAACUUGUGAUGAUAGUCAACAUGCUGUUGACUCAGUUCAAACACCAGCUGUCAGAAACCCCCUAUUCUCAAUUAAACAACCUGUUCAUCCUUCAAAUAGACUAGAAAAUGAUUUACUUGUGCGAUCAUGUUCUGACAAAAACUCCUCUUCAUCGUUUCCACCAGUGGUCACGAUUUCGAGUCCUUGUUCUACUGACCAACUCAAUCCAAUUUAUACUCCUACUAAACUAUCUAUUGGAAAUUCCGCCAUGGAUGGUAUACUUUCAGAUGCACAACCUCAACUCCGUGUAAAUGAAAAUUACCAUCAAUUCUUCAAGCCUGUAGACAUUGUUACUGAUGAGAUAUCGCUUGUUUGUUCUCAAGUUCCUGGAUGUACUUUAUCUGAAGCUCAUUGGGCUUUAUUACAUGUCAUGAAUCCAUUUUCCCCUGUUAUACCCCAAUUAAUCGUGCCUCCAAUUCCCUGUACUGCACCUGUGGUAACUUGGAGAACCAGAUUUGAUCGAACUAGUGCUUGGCGUGUAAACUUGGCUGUUCGUCUUUUGUCUGUUUGUCGUCUUUACCAGUUAAGUUUGAUAAACUGGGACUCAUGUUGUGAAAUAAUUAGCGCAUUCAAUUGGCAACUUGAACCUGCAGCUGAUUGGAUUCUUGAUCAUAUGACACCUAGUUGUUUUAUUUAA